AUGGAGAAGCUGGAUGAGCACGGCGACUGGCUCAAAGCCGACGACGCCGAGUUUCUCCAGCUCAGAGAUGGAAAAGGAGAGGUCCCAGCGCGGAUCGAGGCCGUGAAAAACAGGGGAAUGCGCCCUGACGCACUCUUGAGCACCUUCGCCUUCCCGAAGGGUGGAGAUGGCCACAUUGACUUACUCUUCGACUUCCCUGGACUCACCAAGCGAAGACGGCUGUAUCGAGAAUACCAGCGCAAGGCACGAUGGGCCACGUACAGCAAAUGGAUUUUCAGCAUUUGCGCGGCAUUGAUGUGUGUCGCGCUUUUUCUCUCCACUCCAUUCGUCUCGGCGGGAAUGGCUACGGCUUCCACGAUAUACUUUACGAAUGCCCUCAGACGUCUCGCUGAUGCUGAACGGGACUAUUUGCUCGGGCUGGGGGACGUGGUACGAGACGCUGAUGACGAGAAGAAGGCUCCUGUCGCCACAGUCGAGGCCGACGACAACGACGACGACGAUGACUUCCCGGACAUUGUUGUGGAUAAUGACUAG